UGCGGUUGAGAAGCCUCUGGACUGCUCUCUCGGUGACACCCCACCUUGCCAUACUGCUCCCCACCGUCUGUGGCUGUCCGGUCUCUAGGGAAUGGAGAUGAGGGGCCUGGGUGGGGGACCGAGCUUGGGUGACGCGAGGCUCACGUGACCGGCCGGGCGCCGACGUGGGCAGCAGCCCCCGCGCCAGCCUGCUCGCCCGCCCUGCGGUCCGAUCCCUGCGCUGUCCGCUCCCGUCGCCCGCGCGGAACCAGCUCCCUGAGCUGCCUGGGCGGCGGGCGAGGGGCCCGCGGGCUUCGGCGAGCCCGAGGAGGCUCAGGCCUGCCCCGGAACCGCAGGUCGGUGUGAAGUUCUGCGUGUUUGUUUUCAGCACUCUACAAGGCUAGUAAAGGAAGAGAAACCUGUCCUGAAUUCCUGCAGGACAGGAAAAGGAGGGGAAAUCUCAACAUGGAAAAAAUCUGCAAUGGAAACGAAGGGAUGCCUGAGAACCAAGGAGAGAUGGAAUGCAAAGAACAGCCACAGGAUAUGGGAAAGCCAGAAGAAGCUUGUACUCUGGAAGACAAGGAAAAGUUAGAAAAUGAAGGAAAAACAAAUCAUGAGGGAAAGACAGAAAAUGAGGAAAUCCUAAAGGAAAAUGAAAAGCCAGAGAGUGUGGCAAAGGCAAAAGAGGGAAAGCCAGUGAGGGAGGGAAAAUCAGUCAGUGAGAGAAAGCCAGAGAGCCAGGGAAAUCCAAAGGAAGAAGGAAAACCUGUGAGUGAGGGGAAUCCAGUGAACAAAGGACAGACAAAAGGAGAAGCAGGGAGCAAGGGAGAGCCAAGAGAGGAAAAAUCAGAGAGUGAGGGAAAGCCAGUGAAUGCAGGAAAGCCAGAGAGCCAGGAAAAGCUGAAAGAAGAAAAGCCAGCCAGCGAACCAAAGGCUUUAGGAAAGCGCCCAGCUGGGGAUGAUGUACCCAGGAAGGCCAAAAGAAAAACCAACAAGGGGCUGGCUCAGUGCCUCAAGGAAUAUAAGGAGGCCAUCCACGAUAUGCAUCUGAGCAAUGAGGAGAUGAUAAGAGAAUUUGACGAGAUGGCCAGGGUGGAGGAUGAGGUGAAGAAAACCAAGCAAAAAUUGGGGGGGUUUAUGUGGAUGCAAAAAAGUUUACAGGACCCCUUUCACCCAAGGGGCCCAAGGGAACUCAGUGGCGGUUGUAGGGCCCCACAAAGGGGCUUUGAAGAUAUUCCUUUUGUGUAAUGCUUCUGGAAAGCAUUUACCAGGCCCUGUGCUUUAACCUUAUGCUUAUAAUUUGCUUUAGCUGUCACUCUUGUUAUCAGCAGCCUUUUGACCCAACUAGAGCAUGCUAUCAGUAGAGGAUUUUCACCCAUGUGCAUUGCAAAGACGUUAUAAUUUUUGGGAAUAUAAAGAAGCUUAUAAUAUCCUCUACAAAAAUUGGUCCACUUUUGUAAAAACCAUAAGUUUAUAUAGCACAUCUGUGCAAAGGAAAAAUAGAAACUUUUUUCUACCAAAAGAUUAACAGUGGUUCUCUAAAUUAUAAAACUGUGGGAAACUUAAUUUCUUUGCUUUCUUUCUACCUGUAUGUUUAUUUUUUUCCUAAAGAACACAGAUUACUUUUCUCAUAAAUAAAUGAUAAAACAUAAAAAGGAAAACAAUACAGAAAAAGAAAUACAAAGAUCUAUUCAGUGAAUUUAUGAAAGCUAGUGGAGACAUUCAAAAUUCUUGUGAGAACUUAAUAUGUAAAACUCAUAUUCCCGCUAAGACUCAUAUUUAGAAGAAUUAACCUGGCAGUUAUAAUAGAUCCAUUGCUGUAAAACACAGUCUUGUCAUCAGUGAAAUGAGGGUAAUAUUAAACUCACAGGAUUCCUGAGUGGAACAGAUGAGGCAGUGAGUAUGUGAGCUGUGUUGGUCUGGUUUCUACAUUUUCCCCUAUGCUAGAAGGACCAAGACUCCCAUCAGACACAUAGAUGGGGGGUGAGUUACAGCUCACCAAUUCCAAGGAAUAAGUCCAGAAAGUCAAAAGAUCGGUGCCACCCUACUUGGGGUACUGCUGUCUGCUGCACACUGUGCCUCUUCUCAUGAGUUCGCCACACUCUUAAGGUUCUCACUGUUGCUGAUGGGCUGGUGUUCUCAAGGUGACAAAGUCCAGUCAAUUUCCCCAGAGUCCCCAGUGAGCCCAAAACUUGCCUGACACAAUAUCACCUAUAGAAUGGAGGAUAAAGCUAGAAUUAUGCUUACCCAAGUGAGUAACAUCCCAGUGAUACUUUGGCCCUUAAUGGAUCUCAGAUUUUUUAGCAAACCAAUCCUUUCUGUGUUUGUUGCAUUGUAAGUAAGUUUUUGCAUACAGCUAUAUCUCUACCAGAUUCAGAUAUUGGAAGCUGGAAUAAAAUCUGAGUGGCAUACA